CGGGGCGCGGCGCCUCCUCGCUCCUCGCCGCCCGCCGCCGCCGCCGCUCCCGCCGGGCCGCCCCGCUCCAUGGCGACCCCCAGCCCCUGCAUCGUGAUUGGCGAUGAUGAACAGGGUUACGACCUGGACUUGUUCUGCAUACCUAAACAUUAUGCAGAUGAUUUGGAAAAAGUCUAUAUUCCUCACGGGCUCAUCAUGGACAGGACGGAGAGACUGGCACGAGAAAUUAUGAAGGGCAUGGGAGGACAUCACAUUGUAGCACUCUGUGUACUCAAGGGUGGCUAUAAAUUUUUUGCUGAUUUAUUAGACUACAUCAAAGCACUGAACAGAAACAGUGACAAAUCAAUCCCCAUGACUGUCGACUUCAUUAGGUUGAAGAGUUAUUGUAACGAUCAGUCAACUGGAGAUAUAAAAGUCAUUGGUGGAGACGACCUCUCAACCUUAACUGGAAAGAAUGUUUUGAUUGUAGAAGAUAUAAUUGAUACUGGUAAAACAAUGAAAACGUUGCUGUCUCUACUUAAGCAGUACAAUCCAAAGAUGGUGAAAGUAGCCAGUUUGUUGGUAAAAAGAACUCCUCGAAGUGUGGGAUAUCGGCCAGACUUUGUUGGAUUUGAAGUGCCAGACAAAUUUGUUGUGGGAUACGCCCUAGAUUACAAUGAAUACUUUAGAGAUUUGAACCAUAUCUGUGUGAUCAGCGAGACGGGGAAGCAGAAGUACAAAGCGUGAAAGCAUAGUUCAAGUGCUAUGACAACAGAGCUUUGAAAUGUUUUGUUUACCGAGUCCUAUCUUUCACAGGCUUCAACUCUGGUACACCAGCUAAAAUUGUAGAAUGCCCCAGCCCCAUUGUCAGACGCUUACUAUAAUUUAUUGCAUGUACAUUAUAAGAGCUCGUCUUGUUCAUUUAUAUUUUAGAAAUGUAAACAACUAGUGCAAUUCUGCACUCCUUAUUUUGAUUUGCACUAUGACUCUACCGACUAUUGCUGCCCCUGGUUGGGUUGUGCUGUUUGUGAGCUCCAGAGUCUAACUCUUGCAGUGGUAAAUUGCUUAAACCUCAUCAACCCAGAACUGAAAUAGUUCAAGUACUGUAAAUGUAAAGCAUUUUAUGAUAGGGAAGUCUAUUAGUAAUAUUUUUAAAAUCUGUAAUUUAAGUUUUAUAUUAUAAUGCACAGAUGUGAUUGUGAUUAAUGGAUAGUUGCACCUUUGGGUGUUAUAAAGCAUGAGGAGCAGCCAGUUACAGUAUCUGUAAUCUCCAAGGAGCUCAUUCACAUCUCCUGGAAUUGCCUUAUUGCUGUAAAAGGAAGUCUGGGUGAAAAAUGUCUCUUUUUUUUUUUUUUUUUUUUUUUUUUAUUAAGGGAGGUGGAAUGACGAAACAGAAUAUUUAAGAUCUAGUUGUAGUUGAGCUGCCUGUUUCUGUUAGAUUUUUUUUUUUUCUUUUAAAAUAUCCAUCAGUCAGUGGAAUUGCCUUUUAAAUUUAAACAAUUUUAAUAUAUUUGUGAAAAAGUAUUGUAAUGUUUACUUUAUAAGAUCUACAAGACAAAGUACUUUAAAUAAAGGCUGUCUCUUUAAAAUAAGCCCCAUACAUCUAUGCCACUCAUUCUGUAUAGUAAAGUGCUCUUCUCAGUAAUAUUUUUCAUAAAUGUUUCUGACAGUGAAGGCAGACUCUACAUUUGUUAUCUUUGUAGAGCUUUUGGUUAAUAUUAUCCUGUCUACAAGAGAGAUGAUAAAGUGCUGAGGAGAAAUAUCGAAACACUUGCAUAUUUUAUAAACAAACUAGAUCUCAGAGAAAAUGGUUUAAGCACUGUCCUUUGUUCUGCGUUGGCAAAAAUGAAGAGUGGAGAUUAGACAUUCAUUAAACAUAGACACGUGGAAAAAAAAAAUUAAAAAAAACCCAACCAACCAACCAAACAAACCCACAACCGUUUUGUAAGUGAUGGUUUGGGUUUGUAUCAUUAACAGCUCUGUUCGUGUUGAGUUUAAUUCUGAACACGUCAGCCCAUCUCACACCUCGUCCUUGGGCCGUGCUUUUAGGUCCCUUGGUUUACGUGGUUCUGGUACUUCUGCGCGUGGAUUCUUCCACUCUAUGCUCAGAUUUACCGCUGCUCGGUGCUUAAUAGAUGAGGAAGUUUUUGCCAGCCUGUUUUGAAAGCUUUUUCUGUGGUUUUGAAGUUUGACUCAUGUUUCUGUACUUUUCCAAGUACUGCGGCAUUGCUGUCCACCCAUGGUGUGCUCGGUUCCAGCUGCAGCAGUUAGCAGGAGAGCUAAAACACGAGUGAUACACGCGGUGUAAUUUAGAUCAAAUGACCACAGUGUGUCUGUUUGUAAAUCAAAAUUCUCAAUAGCAAAUAGUAGAACACUGGUGGUGAUUAUACCGUACUUUUGCAAUGUUAUACUUCAUGUCCAGGGAGCUUUUUUUCUAAAUGCUCUACAAAGGCCGAUUGUAUUUCUCGAUGUCCUCAAUACCAUUUGUGCAUAUGCCUUUUCAAGAACCUGUACUGUCCCUGGGGCAACUUGUUGCAAAAAUACCUGAUGCAUCUCCAAGAAGAGGAAACACAAAAGUAACGUAUAUAAUAUAUAUAUAAAUAUAUAAAAAAAUAUAAACCCACUCGUGAAUUAUUAUAUCUGCUCAAGUUUUCACUGGUUCUGGUUGAACUUGAUGUCUAAUCUUAAAAAGUGAUGUUUCUUCAGCCUUGUUAAUAGUUCCUACUUCACAAUGCGUUUUCAAAUAAAUUCAUGACACUAGAGAUUACAAGAGAGAGGUGGCUUAAAAGUAUAUAUUUACACAUCAAAACAAUGAGAAUUGACGAUUUUCGGUAUCUUUUAGGACAAAACUCUUAAAUUAGUCUAUCCUGAGAUGUUUUCCUGGCUUGGUUAGGAUGGUUAAGGGAGGAGAGGGCGGGGUAGUCAUAACAAAAGGUUUAUCCUCCAAACUGUGGCUGGAGCGGGGAAGUGCCUGGUGUGUUGGGGGUUGGCCCUGCGUGGGCACGUGCCCGUGGCGCAGGCACAGGAGUGGUUGGGGAAGAUGCCACCUGACCCAACAGACCUCGCCUGCGAGCGAUGGAAAAGGCCAAUAUUAAACAAAAAAAUAAAAAUAAUCUUACUGAAUGUUCCCACAUUUCAAAUGCUGGGGAACAGGCACUUCCUUCCCCGAGGCGCUUGUCAGAGGAAGUUUAUCACCCCAGAGGGAUUCCUUGUUCAAAAGCUUUUUCUGUGAAAAUUGUUCAGAGGAGGAGUUACCCGCUUUCUCGCCCUUGCUAGCCCAGUCCUGACACCGCAGGCUUUUACAGCACCUGCACGUGCUCUACGGGAGGAUAAAUUCUCACUUGAAAUAAACUGAAAAUGCAAUUGUUACUUUUUAUUCAGUAAUUUUGCUGGGGCUCUAGUCACACCUUCGCAAGUUAAAUGCCAGCUUCAUGCAACCCAGACAUACAUUGUUAAAAGCGUUACGAAAGCACAGAGAAAAAUCUUGUAUUUGAACAUUUAUGUGGCAUUUGAAAUUCAUUAUAGUUCCACAUUUUAUGAAUCACAAAUGUAUGCUGGAAAAAAUAAUUUGGAAUAUUUAUAGGCUUUCCUCCAGUGUCUCACCCCGUGACAUCUGGCAUUUCUGUACAUUUUGAUAAUUCUCGCCUGCCGCAGACCGCUGCCGCUGCCUGGCUGGGUACCGCGCAGGGGUAGCUCUGGCCGGGAGUGUUUGUUCUUCUUGCUUUAAAUUCACACCAGUCAGAAUCUGAAGUGCUCUGGACAGAGCCGGGAGGCGUGGUGGGGACUUUAUGUGAACGGAGCUGGCGGCUCGCGCUGGGGGGGGCGAAUCCUGGUUUUGCGGAUGGAGGCAAAUGAGGAUCUCCAAGUUGCCUUGUAAUUGUAUAUCCCGACUGAUUAAACGUUGGCGGUGUUUCCUUGUCUAUUAUGCUCUGAAAAUCCUGUCAAGCACGCACUAACCCAGCAGCGAGGACCUGACACUGCUCACAGGGAGCUGGUUACUCGCGAUUUAUUAAAGGACUGUUCCUGCCCUGUC